CACCCAUAUGACAUGGAUCAGUGCAAAGGCAUUUCCGUUUCAUGGAUUUCACAGGCUGGAAAAGACACUUUCAGAGGCGUAGGGCAUCCUCAACACAGUUUCUUUUUGUUUCCCGAAGACGACAUUCAGCAUGACAGACUUUAAAGGGAAAAAGUGUGUUUCAAGGUAUUGUUUCAUGUGAUGUUUGAAGAGAAUGUUUGCAGACACAAUUUUUGUUUGCCUGUAUGUCGUGAUAUCUAACGGUGUGUUUGGUGUCGAUUCAGAUGAAGUGAAGUCACUGAUGGAGGGAGAAUCUGUCACUCUACACACUGAUCUUACUCACAUACAGACAGAUGAUCAGAUAUUGUGGAUGUUUGUUCCUCGGGGGGAUCUUAUUGCUGAAAUAAAUAAACAUGGCAACUUUUGCGCUAUAUAUGAUGAUGUUGAUGGGAGAUUCAGAGACAAACUGAAGUUAAACAAAACGACAGGAUCUGUCACCAUCACAAACAUCAGCAUCACAAACUCUGGACUUUAUAAACUACAAAUCUGCAAUAGACCAAAGACAAAAUGUUCAGAAAAGAGAUUCAAUGUUACCGUAUAUGCCCGUCUGCCUGUUCCUGUCAUCAUCAGUUACUGUCCGCAGGAUCCUAAAUCAUCAGAAAGAUCUUCAGUGUCAAAAUGUGUGUUGUUGUGUUCAGUGAUGAAUGUGACACAUGUGAGUCUCUCCUGGUACAAAGGAAACACUUUAUUGUCCAGCAUCAGUGUGUCUGAUCUCAACAUCAGACUCUCUCUACCUCUGGAGGUGGAAUAUCACGAUACAAACACAUACAGCUGUGUCAUCAACAAUCCCAUCACAAACCACACACAACAUUUAGACAUCACUCAAAUCUGUCGGACACAUUCAGAACCGAAACCGGCUUGCAUAGUUUUAGCAUUAAUACUGUUUGUUCUGGUGCUUAUAUGUGGGAUGUGUUUCUACUGGAAUAGAAGGGGAAGUAGGGCCCCUGUUGAGCAAGACAAUAGCGAGUUCACCAAGGAACAAAAAAAUCCAUAAUUUGUUCCCAAAGAAGAAAACCCUCUGUUAUUGAUGCUAUAUGAAGAUUUCUUGGAUGAUAUGGAAAUGUGAAGAAUGCAUAAUUU